GUGAGUGAGCAGUCAUCAGGUCUACUCAGAAAAGUUCUAAUGGAAACCAGACUAAUCCAGAUCAGCGACAGCACUUCUUCAUGUGUGUGGGACGGUAGCUCGGUCUGACAGAGCUCUGGGGGACAGAGGAAGACCAGUAUCAGGAUGGAGGAGCAGAGCCCAGACUCUCCUGAACCCAGCUGUGUGUCCAUGAAGAGUGACCGGUCUAAAGGUGGCUUUAUUAACUUCAAACAAUCUGCAGAUGGAAGUAUCAGGAUGGAGGAGCAGAGUCCAGACUCUCCUGAACCCAGCAGAGUAGUGGAGGCUGAACCGGUCUUUCUGGAGAGUAUCAGGAUGGAGGAGCAGAGUCCAGACUCUCCUGAACCCAGCUGUGUGUCCAUGAAGAGUGACUGGUCUAAAGGUGGCUUUAUUAACUUCAAACAAUCUGCAGAUGGAAGUAUCAGGAUGGAGGAGCAGAGUCCAGACUCUCCUGAACCCAGCUGUGUGUCCAUGAAGAGUGACCGGUCCAAAGAUGACUUUCUAAACUUCAGACAAUCUGCAGAUGGAAGAGGUCAGCUGGAAACAUCAGAGUUCUUCAAUGAUCAGUCCAAGCAGCAUCAAACAGAGCUGGACUCCAUAUUUAUGCUGCUGGAGGAGAACAUUAUCACCUUUGUGAAGAAGGAACUGAAGAGAUUUCAGAAGGCUCUGAGUCAGGAGAACCCAGAACGUCACAGUGAGGAUGAGGAGGUGUUGGUUGGUGAAGAUGAAGAGCAGAGGAGCAGCAGAGAGGCUUUUGUGAAGAUCACAGAGAACUUCCUGAGGAGAAUGAAGCAGUACGAGCUGGCUGACUGUCUGAGGAACAGAAUUUCUGCUUCAGUUUGCCAACAUAAACUCAAGUCUAACCUGAAGGAGAAGUUCCAGUGUGUGUUUGAGGGGAUGGCUAAAGCAGGAAACCCAACCCUUCUGAAUCAGAUCUACACAGAGCUCUACAUCACCGAGGGAGGGACUGGAGAGGUCAACUAUGAACACGAGGUCAGACAGAUGGAAACAACAUCCAGGAAAGCACACAGAGCAGAAACAAGCAUCAGACAAGAAGACAUCUUUAAAGCUCCACCUGGAAGAGAUGAACCAAUCAGAAGAGUGAUGACGAAGGGCAUGGCUGGCAUUGGGAAAACAGUCUUAACCCAGAAGUUCAGUCUGGACUGGGCUGAAGGCAAAGCCAACCAGGACAUCCAGUUCACAUUUCCAUUCACUUUCAGAGAGCUGAAUGUGCUGAAAGAGAAAAAGUUCAGCUUGGUGGAGCUCCUUCAUCACUUCUUUACUGAAACCAAAGAAGCAGGACUCUGCAGGUUUGAAGACUUCCAGGUGGCGUUCAUCUUUGACGGUCUGGACGAGUGUCGACUUCCUCUGGACUUCAACAAAACUCAAAUCCUAACUGAUGUCACAAAGUCCACCUCAGUGGAUGUGCUGCUGACAAACCUCAUCAGGGGGAACCUGCUUCCAUCUGCUCGCCUCUGGAUAACCACACGACCUGCAGCAGCCAAUCAGAUCCCUCCUGGGUGUGUUGACAUGGUGACAGAGGUCAGAGGGUUCACUGACCCUCAGAAGGAGGAGUACUUCAGGAAGAGAUUCAGAGAUGAGGAGCAGGCCAGCAGGAUCAUCUCCCACAUCAAGACAUCCCGAAGCCUCCACAUCAUGUGCCACAUCCCGGUCUUCUGCUGGAUCACUGCUACAGUUCUGGAGGAUCUGCUGAAGACCAGAGAGGGAGGACGGCUGCCCAAGACCCUGACUGAGAUGUUCAUCUACUUCCUGGUGGUUCAGUCCAAAGUGAAGAGCAUCAAGUAUGAUGGAGGAGCUGAGACAGAUCCACAUUGGAGUCCAGACAGCAGGAAGAUGAUGGAGUCUCUGGGAAAACUGGCUUUUGAGCAGCUGCAGAAAGGGAACCUGAUCUUCUAUGAAACAGACCUGACAGAGUGUGGCAUGGAUAUGAGAGCAGCCUCGGUGUACUCAGGAGUGUUCACACAGGUCUUCAGAGAGGAGAGAGGACUGUACCAGGACACGGUGUUCUGCUUCAUCCAUCUGAGUGUUCAGGAGUUUCUGGCUGCUCUUCAUGUCCAUCAGACCUUCAUCAACUCUGGAGUCAAUCUGAUGGAAGAAGAACAAACAGCAUCCAGAUCUACAAUGACACAGCUCUACCAGAGUGCUGUGGACCAGGCCUUACUGAGCCCAAAUGGACACCUGGACUUGUUCCUCCGCUUCCUCCUGGGUCUGUCACUGACCACCAAUCAGAAUCUCCUACGAGGUCUGCUGACACAAACAGGAAGUGACUCAGAGACCAGUCAGGAAACAGUCCAGUACAUCAAGACAAAGAUCAAUGAGGAUCUGUCUGCAGAGAAGAGCAUCAAUCUGUUCCACUGUCUGAAUGAACUGAAGGAUCGUUCUCUAGUGGAGCAGAUCCAACAGUCCCUGAGAUCAGGACGUCUCUCCAGAAAAAAUCUGUCUCCUGCUGAGUGGUCAGCUCUGGUCUUCAUCUUACUGUCAUCAGAAAAAGACCUGGAUGUGUUUGACCUGAAGAAAUACUCUGCUUCAGAGGAGGCUCUUCUGAGGCUGCUGCCAGUGGUCAAAGCCUCCAACAAAGCUCUACUGAGUGGCUGUAACCUCUCAGAGAGAAGCUGUGGAGCUCUGUCCUCAGUCCUCAGCUCCUCCAGUCUCAGAGAUCUGGACCUGAGUAACAACGACCUGCAGGAUUUAGGAAUUGAGCAACUUUGUUGUAGACUUAUCGAUCCACGGUCUAAGUUGGAGUUUCUCAGGCUGAGUGUCUGUAACCUCUCAGAGAGAAGCUGUGGAGCUCUGUCCUCAGUCCUCAGCUCCUCCAGUCUCAGAGAUCUGGACCUGAGUAACAACGACCUGCAGGAUUCAGGAGUGACGCUGCUGUCUUCUGGACUGGAGAGUCCACACUGCAGACUGGACUCUCUCAGUCUGUCUGGCUGUUUGGUCACAGAGGAAGGCUGUUCUUCUCUGGCCUCAGCUCUGAGCUCCUCCUGUCUGACAAAGCUAGACCUGAGCUACAAUCAUCCAGGAGAAGGAGGAGAGAAACUACUGUCUGCUCUACAGAAGGAUCCACACUGCAGACUGGAGACACUGAGGCUGGACCAUGGUGGACGGCACAGACUGAAACCAGGUCUAAAGAAGUACGCCUGUGAGCUGGAAGUGGACACAAACACAGUGAACAGAAGACUCAAACUGUCUGACAACAACAGGACGGUGACACGUGUGGAGGAGGAUCAGCCAUAUCCUGAUCAUCCAGACAGAUUUGACUGUCCUCAGCUGCUGUGUCGGACUGGUCUGACUGGUCGCUGUUACUGGGAGGUCGAGUGGAGAGGAGGGGUUUAUGUAUCAGUGAGUUACAGAGGAAUCAGACGGAGAGGAGACAGUGUGUUUGGACAUAAUGAUCAGUCCUGGAGUCUGAUCUGCUCUGAUGGUCGUUACCGUGUCCUUCACAAUGACAUAGUAACAAACAUCUCCUCCUCCUCUUCAUCCUCUGGUAGAGUAGGGGUGUAUCUGGACCAUCCUGCUGGCUCUCUGUCCUUCUACAGAGUCUCCUCUGACAGACUGAUCCACCUCCACACCUUCAACACCACAUUCACUGAACCGCUCUAUCCUGGGUUUAGGUUUUGGUUAUGUUCAGGUUCCUCAGUGUCUCUGUAGCUCAAACUCUGAUGUCUGAAUCCAAAGCUUAGUCAGACUACACACUAGAUGAUUUAUCAGCUCUGAUUAACCUGAUUGAUUUGAUUCAAAGCUUGUCAGUAAUUCUUUUCACUAGUUGAACUUGCAUUGGUGUAUAUGUCACUGUUUAACUGCUCAGCAGUCAUUUUGAUAUGAUCAAGUCCAUUUUAGUCUUGUUUUAGCUUCCAUACUUCUUGUUUGGUCUAACCAAGCCCACAGACACAAACAGCUGAUCAGAUACUCUGAGGUGGAAGAGCACGUAGCCUGUAGCCGAAGCUCACAUUGUAAAAUAGUGCCACACACAGCGGCUUUCUCUGUGAACAAUAACACGCUUCAAAAAUGUUUCAUACAGCGUACAAUUGAGCCAACAUUGUUGUAGGAGCCACAUUUGAGUUUUUAUUGACAUGCUUUCAUUUGACAUUGUUCAUUUUUUUCUUUCAUUUUGUGGGCGCCCACCGCAGGUGGUGAGGGCGCUGGCCUAUUAGAAUGAGCAGCUGACGCACAGCCAGGAAGAUGGGUCACAGCGCAAACUGUCAUUGAGCGCAGGCUUAGAUAGCUGUGAAUGAUUUGUAUUCAGAAACCCUAUCAAAUGAACUUUUGUUUUUCAUUCAUCUUUUUAUUUUGGUCAUAAACAAAAGCAACUUUGAA